ACAUCGUCGUGCAAUAUAGAGAGACACGUCGCCGCGGUGAUUCACGUGCGGUGACAUGAGAGCAGCAACAUCUCCGCCGCGCAAGUAUAUAGCUCGUCGGCCGCGUGAAAUGUGAAAGUCGCGACGAGUGAAAGGACCUCCUCUCCUAUACACACUCUGCAGCUAGCACUUCGUACAAGUGCAAUCUCUCUCUCUCUCUCUCUCUCUCUCUCUCUCUCUCUCUCUCUCUCUCUCUCUCUCUCUCUAUCUAGGAAACAGUGUUCAAAGUUUCUAUAUAAGAAUCUAGCCUACCUGGACUGAUGCAGCGACGAUCGCGAUAAACGACGAUGACAAGGAGAUAAGAGUGAUACAGACGCGUAUAUAACGACUAUAUACGUAUACGUACCCGAUAAAAAUUUGCCUCUCGAGAGUGAAAAAGCAGCCGCUCUGCUCGCCCAUGCAGCGUGACAUUAUAAACAAUGUUCGUGAGGGAUCCUUGCGGUAUCGUCUGCAUAAUCGUGACCUACGUCGCGGUAUUCUACGCCGAUUAUGUCGUCGUGCGGUGGAUCAUACUGCACACCAUGCAGGAUAGCUUGUGGGGGCCAUUCCAUGUCAUUACAUUCAAUACUGUUGUGCUGCUGCUGAUGAUGUCGCAUCUGAAAGCAGUAUGCAGCGAUCCAGGGGUUGUGCCGUUGCCGCAAUCAAGGAUGGACUUUUCGGAUAUUCAUACAGGAAGUUCUGGUGGAGAUGAUUGUGAUGAGAGAGAUGACUGGACUGUGUGCACUAGGUGUGAGACCUACAGACCACCUAGGGCACAUCAUUGUAGGAUUUGUAAAAGGUGCAUUAGGAGAAUGGAUCAUCAUUGUCCUUGGAUAAACAAUUGUGUUGGUGAAAGAAAUCAAAAAUACUUCAUACAAUUUUUAGUGUAUGUCGGUACUCUAGCUUUAUACGCGAUAGCCUUAGUAAUCGUGUCUUGGGUAUUUGAUUGUCCACAGUGCAGCAAUGAUAUUGCAAUAAAACAGAGUCGCAUUUUACACUGUGUGAUACUAGUUCUAGAAUCAUCAUUGUUUGGAAUGUUUGUAAUUGCUAUUCUAAUAUAUCAAUUCCAAGCUAUUCUUGAUGAUGAAACCGCUGUUGAACGUGUACAAGGAACUCACAAUCAUCAUAAGAAUACUCAUGCUUUUACUCUACUAGCUCAAGUCUGUGGCAAGAGCCAUCCUAUAUUCUGGCUGCUUCCUUGCCAUAAUCCUCCCCGUUAUUCUUUCAGGCGAGAUGAUCAUCUUAUAGACCAUCAAGUUUGAUUAAAUUAUCUAAUUUAAGUCAGCAAAAAGAAAGUCUUUUAAAAGGGAGUUGUCAGUCAAGUUGAAAGUUUUAUAUUUAUUUAUCUUAUUUAGGUGGUUUUAGUUUUUAUAACGAUUGCUAUUGGAAUGAAUUCGAUUUAAACUAACAAUAUUGAUGAAACGUAAUAAAAUCUUGUGCCACUAUUUUUUUAUAUUCUUACCAAAGGCAGUAUCAAGACAUUAAGAAUAAGAAAGCGUCAUAUAGACGAAAAUAUUUUUAAAACCAUAGACAGGAUGUAUGGUAAACUAUUAUUAAAGUACGAUUAAAAUAAUGUCACAAUGUUUCAAAAGCUGUGUUAUGUGUAUCAAUAGGAACUUCCAUGAUUAACAACAUAUUUUAUAUUAUAUCUUAGUCUUUGUAAUGUGUUUUAUAUUUUAAAUUAUGUUUGGAUUUGUUUGCAGUUUCUGUUUUAUGCAUGUGUA